CGUGCAACCAAGCGGUCCCAUCUGAAUCACCUUUCCAGGACCGAAAUUGUGCUUUGCGUUUGUCUCCACUCGCGAAAUUUCGCUUCUAGCGGCGGCAAUGCGUUCUUCAGCGCUCGCGCUGUUGGUGACGGCGUUGGGACUGGUAUGUACUCUCGUGAAGGGAGCUGAUACCAAGGUGUCCACUACCGGACAAUCGAGAACUUUACAGGAGUUGAAGAAUAUCAACAAGGCAGCGGUGGGGUCCAAGACUUUCGCCUUGGUCGACAGCUACGACUGCGACAGCAGCAUGGUGACGACUGUGAGGAAGUUCUUCAAGGCCAAUGACGCCACGUUCGACACGUGCGUCGCCGACAGCAACUACCAGCUAUAUCCGUACACAGGUAUCAUACCGGACGCGACUAUCGUGACGGGACUGGUGAAUUCCAACGCCUGUAUGGGCAUCAUCACCGCCGUCGUGCUGCUCAACAUGCCUCCGUGUAUUCUCGACGACUUGGCAAUGCGAGCUGCGUGCGAGACGAUCCUAUAUUACUCGGUGGCGUUGCGGCACGGCGUCGACGCCCCGACGGCUGCAAAGUUCGACGAGCUCAUGACCUGGCGACGGAACGUGAAUUUCGCCAAAGCGGCGGGCAAACCGUACGACGGCAAGUCCAAGACGUACUCUGCGUUCACGAAAUAUAUGGGCAAGGCGAUCACCACCAGUAAAGUCACGGUCAUGGACAACUUUACUGUGAUCUUAGACACCGAGGAGGCGGAUUCUAUCGAGAUGAAGGACGGGAAACAGCCUUCCUUCGUCUCCACCAACUCGUCCAUGGACUUCUUCGUCGGCCGGGUCUCUGCAGCCGAGAACGGCGUCGACGAUGCGCCCGUAACUACAGCGUCCAAGACAGUGACUACGGUGCAUUCUUCAGACGCUAUGACUAUGACGAUACCAUUCACGUCAUUAGCAAUGAUGGUACUAGCAACUACAUAUACCAGCUGGCGUUAAUUAUGAAAGACAUAACAUGUUCAUACAUGUAAACAAAAAAUGCAAACUCUAUUCCUUAGAACUUAGCC